UGAAGCCGCUCUGAGCAGCAUCCUCACACCGCCUGAACCGGCGGACGCAGCGGAGGGUUCGCGAAGUUGAACGCGGGGAAAGCAGGACACAAAGUCGGCCACAACAAGUGCGCUGUGAGCGGGUACGGACACAUUCACGUGUUUUCAUCCUCUACGAGCGGGUUUCUGAGCGGAGUUUAACAUCGAGAAGCUUUUAAAUUUCUGGCGCUGCGUGAAUGUUUGAGGCACCGGAGCGUCUCGUCUGAGAUCCGAGACAAAGAGGAUGGACGCGGCCGGAGAGGACCUCCUCUAACCAGGUCGGACUGAGAGCUAAACUUCACGGGGGAUUCAAAGGUUUUUCCUCACGAGUUAACGUCGACAAAAAAAGUAGCUCCAGAGGUUUCAUUCAAAUCAACUCCGACAGAUGUGAGAGAUGUGUCUGAUGAUGUGGAGAUGCGCGGACCAGACUGCUGCACACUCACUGGGAUAUAUGAUGGUGUUCACUUGAAGCAGGCUCCUGGUAUCAAGUUCUGAAGAUGAGCCAAGGGCCAAACCUCGUCCUGGAGUGGCUGUCCAAGCUCCACCUGGCUCAGUACGUGGAGGCGUUCAUCGACAACGGCUACGAUGACCUGGAGGUCUGUAAGCAGAUCGGGGAGCCGGACCUGGAUGCCAUCGGGGUCCACAUCGAGUACCACAGACACCGGCUGCUCGCGGCGGUGCAGAAGCUGAUAGACGAGGACAAGAGGAAAGCACUGAGCUACUACUUCACCUUAGAGCCUCUGGAUCCUUCCACCGGCAAGAGAGAAGAUGACCUCAGGACUUUGGGGUCACACUUGAGGGCCGCAGGAGUCCAUCAGGCCUCCUGUCCCGGGAACCACAACCCCAGACUGACCGAUUGUAACGACUUUGUGACUUACCCCAAGCUGAAGCUGAAGGUGCUGAUCCGGGACAAGCUGGCGAAAGACGGGAUCAACCUGGGAGAAGCACCUUACACGUACAAGGAUGGCUCCGUGGGGAACUUUGAUGACCUGGCUCAGGAGUACUCUCAGUAUUACGGCACCUCCCUCAGCGACGUGUGUGAAAGGAUGGAGGAGCUACGGAAACGCAAAGUAGUGCAAGAUGCAGAGCUGGGAAAGGUUGACUCAGCGGCCACAUCACUGCAGCUCCGCUCGCAGAUCCAGGAGUCCCUCGGGCUCAGCAGCAACACCUCCACUCCAGAGACAGAGAGAAGGUUUCCUGUGCACAAAUCUAGUUCUGAUGAUGGAUCAGGAGGAAAAUGGGACGGAAAGAGAAAAAGCAAGUCUUUUUGGCAGAGUUUUCGAAAGUCGCAGAAAGGAGUGACGCGUCAGAUUUCAAAAGGUGAUGAUGUUGGUUUUGUGGCCAGUGAAAUCACCAUGAGUGAUGAAGAGCGUAUCCAGCUGAUGAUGAUGGUGAAGGAGAAUAUGAUCUCUAUAGAGGAAGCUCUGGCGCGGCUGAAAGAAUUCGAGGUACAAAACAGACAGACGUGCAGGUCCGAUCCCACCGAGUGGACCGACCCCUCCAGUCCCAGCCCAAAUGAGUUGUUCAACUGCAACGCCUGCGACCUGUCGGACACUGAACAAGAGGAGUCCGUGACGUUCAGGAGACUCCAUAAACUUGUCAACUCGACCCGGAAGGUGAAGAAGAAGCUGAUCAGAAUCGACGAGUCCAAGAGGCCCGGAGCCGACGAGAACCUGAACACAGAUGGCCUUCCCUGUGGAGACGCCAGCAGCUCCCUGUACUCCGGCGUGCAGAAGAAACCUGCCGUUUGCCCCGUGGACUCCCUGGCUUCAGCUCUGCGGGAACAGCUCACCUACGACCGGGACUCUGACAGCCUGACCACCUCCCCCUCCUCCAGCAGCCUGGACACCUGCAGCAGCCAGAAGAUCUUCCAGGCCUUCGGCAAGUCCGGCGGGAGCCCCGUUCAUCAGGAGACAAGUGUAGCAGGGGAGGCCAGGGAGGCCAGGGAAGACAGCGGCUCCUCCUUUUCUGAAAUGGACGGUUGCAACGAGGAGCCCAAAAUCGCUCGCUCGGUGACCGACGGAGAGCUCCGACACCGGAUCCUCAACCCGCUCAGCCACCACGGGAGAGCUUGUAGCUUUGGAGGAUUUGACCUGACCAACCGCUCUCUGCACCCGGUCAUCUCUGACAAUGAUAACACUAAUAAAGACGGCGACGGUCUGCAAGAUCCCGUCAAGUCUCCGCCGACGUCUCGUAUUUCCCUCGGCAAAAAGGUCAAGUCUGUGAGAGAAACGAUGAGGAAGCACAUCUCCAAGAGAUACCACUGUUCUCUCUCUGAACAGUCGAGCCCAGACCGCAUGUCCAGCUGCCCUCACUCACCUCAGAUGGACUCUGACUCUCUGGAGAAACCCAAACUGAAGCCUGGCGGGUCGGUGGAAAGCCUGAGGAGCUCCCUCAGCGGACAAAGUUCCAUGAGUGGUCAGACAGUGGGAACCACUGACUCCUCCAACAGCAACAGAGAGAGCGUGAAGUCUGAGGACGGGGAAGAAGAUGAGCUGCCUUACCGUGGACCCUUCUGUGGACGCGCUCUAGUUCAUACCGACUUCACCCCCAGUCCCUACGACACGGACUCCCUCAAACUGAAGAGCGGAGACGUCAUCGACAUCAUCAGCAAGCCUCCGAUGGGGACGUGGAUGGGGAUGCUAAACGGCAAAGUCGGCACCUUCAAGUUCAUUUACGUGGACGUCCUGAACGAGGAGCAGGUGAAGCCCAAGAAGACGCGCCGGAGGAGGAAGGCCCGGCAACCCAAACCCACGUCUGUAGAGGAGCUGCUCGAUCGCAUCAACCUCAAAGAGCAUCUCCCCACCUUCCUGUUUAACGGCUACGAGGAUCUGGACACGUUCAAGUUGUUGGAGGAGGAGGACCUGGACGAGCUGAACAUCAGAGACUCCCAGCACAGAGCCGUGCUGCUCACUGCUGUGGAGCUGCUGCAGGAGUAUGACGGUGGGUCAGGAAGCAGCGACCCAGAGCGCAGCAGUCAGUCCGGAGGCUCCCAGGAGAAGCUGCUCCUGGACCGGCGCGGCCUCGCGGGAGACUCCCCGCGGGACUCCGGCUGCUACGAGAGCAACGAGAACCUGGAGAAUGGAAGGGACAAAAAGACAUCUUCAUCCAUGAGCAGGUCCUCCUCCGGGUUUGAGUCAAGCCACCUCCCAUCCCCAGAUCUCCCUGCCCAGCCCCUCACCCUGACCUCCACCAGCUCUAGUAAGGCUCCACCAGCAUGCCUGCCCUGUAUCUCACCAUCAGUAAGGCGCCCUAACACCGGCUUAACCCUCCUAAGCCCAGUGAAAGGUCGUGAUCCCGGUGGAGCUAUUGUCAGGAGCCAGAGCUGCACAGAGCUGAGGAGAAACCGAGGAGCGGUGCUGCUGAGGAGGAGCUUCUCCCUCACCGUCCUCCACAAACAGCAGAAGAGACGACUCAUCCACCCUCAGAACUGGAAUCUGACCCCUCACGUGAAGACUGAGGAGAGCACACAGGACACAGCAAAUCCUCAGAAACCCUGUGAGGUCAUGUCUCCGUCCUCCCAGUGUGUGUGCAGCACUUUGAACAGAGACACGGUUAAAGUGUUUGCCCCUAAACAAGCAGAGACAACACAAAGCUCACACCUCCAGCUGCCUCCCACAGUCCCAGCAGAAAGGCCCGAUCACACUUUAACUACACCAUCCGUAACAAACCCACGUCCAGAGCCCGUAACGCCGCAGACCGCCUGUGUGUACGACGACACACAACAUGUUCCACCAGAGGAGACGAGCCGUCGCUCAGUCACAGCCAGCGUCGAAGCCCGCAGGCUGAAAAUGAAGAGAAGUAAGAAGACGUCAGCGAACUCAGCACAUCUGGGUUCCCUGAUAGAAGAAAGACUGUAGCUGAUCUCAGAACAGCUGUACAGUGAACUGUCGCUUUGCAGAUGUUAAUAGCUGCUGUUAGGAUGAUGACCGUCUUAAAAAACAUAUUUCUUUGAGAAUGUUUGAAUUAUUUUUCUUCCGGAUAACCAAUGAUUUUUGAAAACAUGAGUGUGCAGGCGUUACCUUCUCUUUAUUCAGCCGACUGCCUGACAGCAGAAAGUUUAAUAAGAUAAGGUAUAAAUAAAGGAUUGUCAGUCUUUGGUAGGCUCAGGUGGAUUACAUCCCACAGUUUAGACAAAGCUAAUUUAUAUUACUAACUUUUUACAGUUUGAUUGAUCGGUAAUAUCUGUUGUGUAUCUGUUGUUCUCCUUUCAGCUGAAUCCAGUCUGUAGAGGUCAGAGUCAGCUAGAGAGCAAACCUCUGCCAAGAAUCCAAUAUUAAACUCAGCAGCCCCGUAUCAAUCAUAAAUCAUACAUUUUAAACCACCGACAACAGCUUUACCUUAAUUUAAGCUCACCAGAUCUAGGAGCUGCAUCAACACCUGUUUUUUCCAUCAAGGAUUAUGCAUUAGUCCCUGAGAAAUUCACCAAAAUGUCAAAUAAUGCCUUAUAUUACAAUGUUAAAAAACAUGAGAAAAAACUCCUGGAUCUGCACAAAAAAAGUUACAGGCUCUGUUCUGGGCCCAGACUCGUCCUCCAUCCAAGUUUCAGGGAAAUCCACUCUGUAGUUUUUGUGUAAUCCUGAUGACAAACCAACCAAAAACAGACAGAGGUGAAAACAUAACCUCCUUGUGGCCAUUUUUCCCCUCAAGAAACAAAGAUUUCAUCAGUCAAUUAACCUUUUUUAAGUGUAUAUAGUACAUAUAUAUGUGUAUAAUUUAUCUCCACUUCCAUAUUUUUUGAUUGUCGACCUGUAAGAAAAAAACUGAUUUUAUUAAAAAAAAGUUCGAGUGCUGAAUUCCAUGUAGCUGCUUCAGGUUCAGUGUCCUGGUA